UGGUUGCAAUGCCUAAAUUCAAACAUUGAUUGGAUUACCAGUAAAAUAGAAUGCAACAAUCUCACACCACAAAAGCGUCCCAUAAAAACACAAAUAAUCAAAACAAGGCCACGCACAUUUCCCUCCCCUCUCUGCACUGUAGGUCAACGCUGGGGUGCAUGCCCACUCAAUAACAGUAAAGCCAUCGCUAUGACAAAGCACGUACGCGAACUCAUCCGCAAAAACACCAGUGUCCAACAAAACAAUGGCCCCAACACUGAGGAAAGAGUUCCCAUAAUUGAUUGGCAAAAAUUAUACCACACCCUAAAAUUGAACACCUUAUUGAAAGAACACGAGCCCGACACCUAUCAAGCCCUACCUAACCACUAUACGAAAUUUAAAAAUGUUUUCUCAAAGCCAAAAGCUGAAGCACUAGCAAAAGAAAGGUCAAACAUGAACUGCGAGAUUAUUCUCAAACCAGAUACCAAGAUGUGUCGCGUAAGAGUAUACAAGAUGUCUGAUACAGAACUCAGUCUACUCAAAACCUAUAUUGACAAUGGAAUCCAACAAGGAUGGAUCCGCAAAAGCAAAUCUCCUUGCGUCUGUCCAGUUAUGUUUCGAACUAAGCCGCAUGACUCGGCCCUACGCCUUUGCGUGGGCUACCGUGCCGUAAACGCCAAUACAGUCAAAAACGCUUACCAUUUGCCCCAAUUAGAUGACUACCUUAGCAAAAUGCACGGCGCUAAAUUCUUCACCAAACUCGAUCUUCGUAACGCCUUCCAUCUGCUACAAAUGAAAAAAGGUGAUGAGUGGAAAACUGCGUUUAUAAGCCAAUUCGGCCUCUACAAAUACCAAGUCAUGCCUUUCGGUCUUUGUAAUGCUCCAGCGACUUUUCAAGCAUGGAUGGACAAUAUUUUCCGAGAAUUAAGAGAAACCAUGAUGUGUUACCUUGAUGAUAUCCUAAUAUGGGGAGAAACCAAAGAAAAAGUUAUUGAACGUACCCACAAAGUCCUUUAUAUCCUUGAAAAGAACGGCCUAUACGUCUAG